ACGAGCCCGAAAGGGCGGGGCCUCGGCGGCAGCGAGAGAGGCGUGGCCGGGGCAUCUCGAGGCGGGCCCUGGGGCUGGAUCUGGGAGCCAGGAGCGGGGAUCUGGGAACCAGGGCGGAGGGCCGCGGCCAUGAGCACGGUGGACCUUGCCCGCGUGGGCGUGUGCAUCCUGAAGCAUGCGGUGACCGGGGAGGCCGUGGAGCUGCGGAGCCUGUGGCGGGAUCGCGCGUGCGUGGUGGCCGGGCUGCGGCGCUUCGGCUGCGUGGUGUGCCGCUGGAUCGCCCAGGACCUCAGCGGCCUCGCGGGGCUCCUGGACCAGCACGGUGUGCGUCUGGUGGGCGUGGGGCCCGAGGCCCUGGGUCUGCAGGAGUUCCUGGACGGCGGCUACUUCGCGGGAGAGCUCUACCUGGAUGAGAGCAAGCAGCUUUAUAAGGAGCUGGGCUUCAAGCGGUACAACAGCCUGAGCAUCCUCCCGGCGGCUCUGGGGAAGCCUGUGCGUGAUGUGGCUGCCAAGGCCAAGGCUGUUGGCAUCCAGGGGAACCUGUCUGGGGACCUGCUGCAGAGCGGAGGGCUGCUGGUGGUCAGCAAAGGUGGUGACAAAGUGCUGCUGCAUUUCGUUCAGAAGUCCCCAGGCGAUUAUGUCCCCCAGGAGCACAUCCUGCAGGUCCUGGGCAUCUCUGCGGAGGUCUGUGCUAGCAACCCGCCUCAGUGUGACCGAGAGGUGUGAAGGAGGCGAAGGCCCUGGCCUCCGAGGAUCUGGACGGCGGCUGCUGCCCUGGGUGAGCUGGAAGUCCACUUGGAAGAACCGUUGUGGCGUCGCUGGGCCGGGAUGCCAAACCUCUCCUGAUCCGCCAGCAGCAACGAGCCGUUAAAACUGCAGUUCCUGGCCGGGCGCGGUGGCUCAAGCCUGUAAUCCCAGCACUUUGGGAGGCCGAGACGGGCGGAUCACGAGGUCAGGAGAUCGAGACCAUCCUGGCUAACAUGGUGAAACCCCGUCUCUA